UUGCAGAGGCCAACGGAUAUGCAGAACACAGAAGAGAUAAACAGCGGAGCGCCGAUGCAGAGCGAAACAGAUGCGCAAAAUAUGUUGAGUAAGAAGAGCGUGAUAGGGAUCCAAAGUGACAAACUUAUUCAGAGAACUGAAGAACUACAUAGCACAGCAAGUGAGCAGAGCCUUUCCACCAAACUGCAACAUAAAUUUGAUCAUCUCGAUUCUGGGGAUGAAAGCUUACCUGCUAAUUAUACCUAUCUCCACGGAGCCCGUCACGCCGCCACCGCUACCUGCCCCUACAGACAAGACUGUGACCCUGAGGUUGUAGAAACCGAAAGUUACCCCCAAUGUGAUGGACAUCUCUCUUACCCCGUAACCCUAACCCACCCCUUCACUCGUACCCCUAGUCCAGGAUGCCAGAGUUCAGAGAAGAUACAGGUCACCCUAGCUAAUCACCCCCUAUGGAGUAAAUUUCACAAGCAUCACACAGAGAUGAUCAUCACCAAACAAGGCAGGCGCAUGUUCCCAUUCCUUUGUUACCGCGUGGUGGGGUCUGGAUCCUCUUGCUCAGUAUAUACGUUACAAGUGGAAGUGGUUCUGGCAGAUCAAAAUCACUGGCGAUUCCAAGGAGGAAAAUGGAUCCAAUGCGGCAAAGCUGAGGGUAACAUGCCA